UUUUUUUUUUCUUCGCUGUCGGGACACCAUCUCCAUUCUCCGGGAUACACCACUAUACUUGAAAAUUUACACACGAAUCAUCUUCUGUAACCAUUCCUUUUUUUCUUCUUCUUCCAUUUGUUGUCAUUCCUACAUUUCUUGUACAGAGUUAAAUGGCAAAGUUGCUCCACAAGCUACAGAGAAGCAUUUCUCAUGCUGGUGACUCCAUGUCCGUGCGUUCGUUGCACGAACAAGAAGAAGGGGAAGUUGUGACCAUCCCCGACGAGAUUUAUAAUUGGAAAUUGAUCCUAGUCGCUGUGACAGCCGCGGCAGCUGCCGUUAUUAUUGGAUAUGAUGCUGGGUUUAUUGGUGGUACAGUAUCGUUGGCGUCUUUCCAGAAAGAAUUUGGAUUGGACAAAAUGUCGAAAUCUCAUCAAACCUUGGUUAAUGCCAAUGUGGUGUCUGUUUUCCAAGCUGGUGCCUUUUGGGGGUCUCUUUUCAUGUAUCCAGUCGGAGAGCUCGUGGGCCGCAAAGUUGGUCUUUUUAUAUCUGGAUUUUUCCUUACUUUUGGAGCGGCCAUUUCGUUAGUUUCCAACAGUAGCAAUGGAUUAGGUGCUAUUUAUGCAGGUAGAGUGCUUACUGGUAUUGGUAUCGGUGGAUGUUCUGGACUUGCACCAAUCUAUGUGAGUGAAAUUUCACCUGCAUCGAUCCGUGGGAGACUUGUAGGAUGUUGGGAAGUCUCGUGGCAAGUGGGUGGAAUAAUUGGGUAUUGGAUCAACUAUGGGGUCUUAGAAAACAUGCCACCACUGCGUCGUCAAUGGUUAAUCCCCUUUGCAGUUCAAUUAAUCCCGCUGGGCCUCUUUUGGGUAGGUGUGAUGUUCCUUCCAGAAUCACCAAGAUUCCUCAUUUCUAGGGGAAAGGUGGAAAAGGCCCGUAAAAACUUGUCCAUUCUUCGUAAUUUACCGGAAUCUCACCCUUAUAGUAUCUAUGAGAUGAAUAAUAUUGAGCGUGAUUUCAAUGAAAGGAAAAGAAAGCUCGGAACCGGGUUUUUUGCACCCAUGAAGAAAGUUAUAACUUCUCGUAAGCUUUUGUAUAGGAUGUUACUCCUGACAUCUUUAUUCCCCAUGCAAAAUGGAUCGGGAAUCAAUGCAAUCACGUAUUAUUCACCCACUGUGUUCAAAUCCCUUGGUGUGAAUGGAUCCAAUGCAGGUCUUCUUUCAACCGGAAUAUUUGGUCUUCUUAAAGGUUUUGCAUCUGUGGUUUGGAUUUUCUUUAUUGUAGAUAACUUUGGCCGUCGUACAGCACUUAUUUGGGCAUCAAUUCCUUGUUCAUUAACAAUGUGGUACAUUGGAGCAUAUGUGAAAAUUGCCGACCCUUCAGCUGCGCUUGCAAGAGGAGAAACUCGAAUGACUGCCGGUGGUAAGGCUGCACAGGCCAUGCUUUACAUCUGGACCAUUUUUUACGGGGCUCUGUGGAAUGGUACACCCUGGUGUAUCAAUAGUGAAAUUUUCUCACAAGAGAUUCGUACGUUCACUCAGGCUAUAAACGCACUGGCCAAUUGGUUCUGGGCUUUUAUUUGGGGUAGAUUUACUGGGAAUGCAUUCAAUGCAAUCGGAUACGGGCUCUACUUUUUAUUUGCAUCUUGUAUGUUGAUUUUCCCAUUUGUAAUAUAUUUAUUUUAUCCAGAAACCAAGGGAGUUCCCCUUGAGGCCAUUGAUCAUUUAUUCGAGGUUCCAGCAUGGAGAGCAAGAGAACAUGCACUUGAGCAGUUUGAAAAGGAAUAUGGUCAUAGAGUAACCCAAGAAGGCGAAUCCUUAGACGAAAAAAGAAGUGAUAGGUACGAAGAAGAGGAAGAAAAGGAAGAAGAACGAUUGUAGUACUAAUAUGACGUAUAUGGCUAAAAAUAUGAAAUUCCGUUUUCUGA